UGAGUAGACAUCCGUACAAAUGAGUGCGGCAAAGAGCUCCGCUUCAAAUAUCUAUUGCGAUCUUCAUGUCAAACUUGUUCGUGCGAACAUUGCGUUGGUCGGAUUCGGCUCAGAAGGACAAGCAAUGGCGGCAACGCGGAAUCUACAGUUGUCCUAAUUCCAAUUGCAACAAGUCCUUCAAUUGGAAGGGAAAUCUGUCGAGGCAUCUCAGAUACGAGUGCGGCCUUCUGCCGCGCUUCAAGUGUCCCUACUGCACGUAUUGCUGCAAAGUUAAAGCCGACGUGAGCAAGCACAUCACCAGGAAGCACAAGAACGCCACGGUCUAUGUUUUGGAUAUCAAGAAUUCUUUCGGACAGCGAAGCUAAUCGAAGCUUCCACCGGCUUGUUUUUAGGCGACUCAAUUGUUGACGAAGAAUUUGAUUUUUGUAAAUAAAGAUGAUAAUAAAGAGAGCGAUAUAUG